AUGGAUUCUGUUGUCACUGAAGUAGCUUAUGGCCUCGAGAUCAAAAAAAUCAAGGAGAUCACGGAGCUGCCCUUUCCAGUCAGACAAGACUCUCCUUUAACCAAGGUGCUUCCUGCAGAUCUGAAGACCAAAGAUAAUUUUGUCGCUAGAGAUCCCGACCUUCUUCGACUCACUGGCUCACACCCAUUCAAUUGCGAGCCACCAUUGUCAAAGCUCUACGACUCGGGGUUUCUCACUCCAGUGAGCCUGCAUUUUGUGAGAAAUCAUGGCCCUGUUCCUCAUGUUCCUGAUGAGAGUAUUUCAGAUUGGGAAGUUUCAAUUGAAGGCAUGGUUGAAAUGCCUUACAAGAUCAAAUUAUCAGAGAUUAUGGACCAGUUCGAUAUCUAUACGACUCCUGUGACUAUGGUAUGUGCUGGAAACAGAAGAAAGGAGCAGAACAUGGUGAAAAAGGGGACCGGUUUCAAUUGGGGAGCAGCUGGAACAUCUACUUCUCUUUGGACCGGUUGCAUGCUUGGAGAUGUAAUUGGCAAAGCCCGACCUUCAAGACGUGCAAGAUACAUAUGGAUGGAAGGUGCUGAUAAUCCAGCAAACGGUGCAUAUGGCACCUGCGUCCGCUUAAACUGGGCUAUGGACCCUGAACGAUGCAUCAUGUUGGCAUACAAACAGAACGGCGAGUGGUUGCAUCCUGACCAUGGAAAACCUCUCCGAGUGGUGAUUCCUGGUGUCAUUGGUGGACGGUCAGUCAAAUGGUUAAGGAAGCUAGUGGUUAGUGACCGGCCAUCCGAAAAUUGGUAUCACUAUUUCGAUAAUCGGGUUUUGCCCACAAUGGUGACGCCAGAAAUGGCCAAAAGUGAUGACAAAUGGUGGAAAGACGAGCGCUAUGCCAUUUACGACCUAAACUUGCAAACAAUCAUUUGCAAGCCAGAAAAUCAGCAGGCUAUCAAGAUCUCGGAAGACGAGUACGAAAUAGCAGGUUUUGGCUACAAUGGAGGUGGAAUCAGAAUAGGCCGAAUUGAGAUCAGUCUCGACAAGGGAAAGACUUGGAAGCUGACAGAGAUUGACUAUCCGGAAGACAGGUAUAGGGAAGCAGGUUAUUUCAGACUGUUUGGCGGACUUGUGAACGUCUGCGAUAGAAUGAGCUGUCUGUGCUGGUGUUUCUGGAAACUCAAGGUUCCUCUCUCUGAACUAGCAGCGUCGAGGGAUAUUCUCGUCCGCGGAAUGGAUGAACGUAUGGUAGUCCAGCCCCGCACAAUGUACUGGAACGUAACGUCUAUGCUCAACAACUGGUGGUAUAGAGUUGCCAUUAUUCGCGACGGUGACAAUCUUCGGUUUGAACAUCCAGUCGUGGCCAACAAGCCUGGCGGCUGGAUGGAUAGGGUUAAAGCAGAAGGUGGGGAUAUAUUGGACGAUAAUUGGGGAGAACUGAACGAUAAGGUUGAGCAGAGUGAAAGAAAGCCAGGAGCUGAUGAAGACAUAGAAAUGAUGUGCAAUCCAGAGAAAUUAGAUGUCAUUAUAGCUUACUCAGAGUUUGAGGCGCACAAGAACAGUGAUACAGAGCCAUGGUUUGCUGUCAAGGGACACGUUUUUGAUGGCAGCUCGUAUCUAGCGGACCACCCGGGUGGAGCACAGUCGAUCUUGAUGGUAAGCGGUGAAGAUGCCACUGAGGACUUCAUUGCCAUCCACUCAUCUUAUGCUAAGAAAUUGCUUCCUCCUAUGCACUUAGGGAGACUUGAAGGGGUCAACUCUGUUACCAAAGUAGAGUCUAUCAAGGAAAACGUCAAGCGCGAGGUUUUGCUUGAUCCGCGAAAGUGGCACAGGAUAACGCUUGCGGAAAAAGUGAUAAUCUCUUCCGACUCGCGUAUAUUCAAGUUCGACCUUGAGCAUCCAGAACAGCUUAUUGGCCUGCCAACAGGUAAGCAUUUGUUUUUGAGGCUAAAAGAUUCAUCUGGUAAGUACCUGAUGAGAGCAUACACCCCUAAAUCAAGCAACAGCUUGCGAGGUCGACUGGAGAUACUGAUAAAGAUUUAUUUCCCAUGUAGGGAAUAUCCCAAGGGGGGAAUUAUGACAAAUCUUAUCGAAAACCUGCAGGUGGGGAACCAGGUCGAGGUUAAAGGACCUGUCGGUGAGUUCGAAUAUAUCAAGUGCGGACACUGCAGUUUCAACAAUAAGCUCUAUCAAAUGAAGCAUUUCGUAAUGAUCUCGGGAGGAUCGGGAAUCACCCCAACUUACCAGGUUUUGCAAGCUAUUUUCAGCGAUCCCGACGAUACAACAAGCGUGCAUUUAUUUUUCGGUAACAAAAAAGUGGACGACAUCCUACUGCGAGAAGAGCUUGACAAUCUUCAGGACAAACACCCAGAACAACUGAAAGUUGACUAUGCGCUGUCGGAUCUGCGGCAUGUGCCGAAGGGCUGGCGGGGAAUAAAAGGCAGAUUAACAUUCAAUAUCCUGGACAGCUACGUCCGGGGAAAAAAUGCCGGAGAGUAUAUGCUACUGGUAUGUGGACCACCGGGAAUGAAUUGUGUGGUCGAAAACUGGUGCAAAGCGCGCAAGCUUGAUAAACAGUAUGUAGUGUACUUCUGA